UUCUCAAAUCACCAAUUUCUCUCCAAAAAAUACACUAAUAUUUCCAUAGCUGAAGGCGUGCGUGCGUGUGUCUCACUCUUGUCACGCACCGGGGACACCGGACGCCAUUGCUCACGCGGAACGCGCCAUGCUCGCCAAGGCUCCUUUCCGGCCGUGCUGCGGCGGCGGCGGCGGCGGCGGCGGCGAUGGCCGGUGGGCGGGGAGGCCGCGGCCCGUCGGCGUGGCCGGAGGUUUCAGGAGGGGAGGUGCCCGGCUCGUGGCGGCGGCGGCGGCCGGGGAGAGGAGGACGGCGCCGGAGGCCGUGUCGCCCCCGGCGGCGGCGGUGGCCGGCGGUAAGCAGCGCGUCAAUGGGUCUGCCGUGGCAGGUAUCGACAGGCUUGUGACUUCAACUGUUGGGAAAUCGACAAACAUCCUGUGGCAUGACUGUCCAAUAGGGCAGCCUGAGAGGCAGAAGCUUCUAAACCAGAAGGGUUGUGUUGUGUGGAUCACUGGUCUGAGUGGUUCAGGAAAGAGCACACUAGCAUGCACGCUGAGUCAUGAGCUGUACUCCAGAGGUCAUCUGACCUAUGUCCUCGAUGGUGAUAAUCUCAGGCAUGGGUUGAACCGAGACCUCAGUUUCAAAGCAGAGGACCGUGCCGAAAAUAUACGUAGAGUAGGAGAAGUAGCAAAGCUAUUUGCCGAUGCUGGCGUUAUCUGCAUAGCUAGCUUGAUAUCACCCUACAGAAGUGAUCGAAAUGCUUGCCGUAAUUUAGUGCACAAUUCUUCGUUCAUUGAGGUAUUUCUAAAUGUCCCACUUGAAGUAUGUGAAGCUAGGGAUCCAAAAGGCUUGUACAAGCUUGCCCGUUCGGGCAAAAUCAAAGGGUUUACUGGAAUAGAUGAUCCUUAUGAACCACCUUUCGAUUGCGAGAUAGUGAUACAAUGCAAAGUUGGAGAUUGCGCUGCACCUAAAUCGAUGGCAGAUCAAGUAGUGUCAUAUCUUGAAGCAAAUGGGUUCUUACAGGAUUAGAGAUGGAUGUUUGUGAAAAAACAUUACUAUUGGAAAGGCAAGGGAUGUAAAAUAUGAGAGUGUUUAUAUCUAGAAACAGUGAUGUAAAGUAUGAGAAGGUAUUGAAAUCUGAGUCAAAUGUGUACAUUGCUAUGAUAAAUUAAAAUGUUUCCACCGAACGAGAAUGGCUGAUGAAGCCCUCCAAAAUAAUCUCUGUUCAGUUUU